UCAGCGCGAGGGCGGAAGCGGGCGUGCGGCGGCGGCGGCGGCGGCUGGAGGGUUCCAGAAGAGCCUGGCCGGCGCGGCCCGGGCGGCACCAUGGUGGAUUACAGCGUCUGGGACCACAUCGAGGUGUCCGACGAUGAGGACGAGACUCACCCCAACAUCGACACGGCCAGUCUCUUCCGGUGGCGCCACCAGGCCCGAGUGGAGAGGAUGGAGCAGUUCCAGAAGGAGAAAGAAGAGCUGGAUAAAGGGUGCAGGGAAUGCAAACGGAAACUAGCCGAGUGCCAAAAGAAAAUGAAGGAGCUGGAGGUGGCAGACGCGGAGAGCGGGAAAGGGGAGCUGCAGAGACUUCAGGCCGAAGCGCAGCAGCUGAGAAAAGAAGAGAAGAGCUGGGAAAAGAAGAUUGAGGAGCUGAGGAAGAAGGAGAAGAACAUGCCCUGGAAUGUGGACACCCUGAGCAAAGAUGGCUUCAGCAAGAGUGUUGUCAACGUCAAACCUGAAGAGGAGGACGAAUCGGAGGAACAAAAAGAGAAGAAACACAAGACGUUUGUGGAGAAGUACGAGAAGCAGAUCAAACAUUUUGGGAUGCUGCGGCGCUGGGACGACAGCCAGAAGUAUCUAUCUGAUAACCCGCAUCUGGUGUGUGAAGAGACCGCCAAUUACCUGGUCAUCUGGUGCAUUGAUCUGGAAGUGGAAGAGAAACACGCCCUGAUGGAGCAGGUCGCCCACCAGACCAUCGUGAUGCAAUUCAUCCUAGAGCUGGCCAAGAGCCUGAAGGUGGACCCCAGAGCUUGUUUCAGACAGUUCUUCACCAAAAUCAAGACGGCCGAUCAGCAGUACAUGGAAGGGUUUACCGACGAGCUGGAGGCCUUCAAGGAGCGGGUGAGAGGCCGUGCCAAGGUGCGCAUCGAGAAAGCCAUGAAAGAGUAUGAAGAGGAGGAGCGGCAGAAACGGCUGGGCCCGGGCGGGCUGGAUCCCGUGGAGGUGUAUGAAUCCCUCCCGGCUGAGCUGCAAAAGUGUUUCGAUUCGAAAGACGUUCAGAUGCUGCAGGAUGCAAUCAGCAAAAUGGAGCCUGCUGAAGCAAAGUACCACAUGCAGCGCUGCAUCGAUUCUGGGCUCUGGGUGCCGAAUGCCAAGACGGCGGAGGGAGCGGAGAAGGGAGGCGAGGAGGCGGAGGCUGUCUACGAGGAGGUCAAGAAGGAGAGCAGCGAGGAGGAGAAAGGAAACCCAUGAACUACGGCUGGAAAUGCUAUCUAGGAGCCCUCCCCCUCCAUGGAGCAGGACCCUACUGUACAAACACAGAACCGAAGGGGGAGCCCUUCCCCCAAAAGUGGACACUGUCAGCAUAAGACGAGCCGCCAGGUGACAACAGCGAGGGGUGUAGAAGGAAACACAGCUUUGGUCAGCAUGACAUGCAGUGCUCUCAACACCCCAGAUUCAUUUAUUGUUUUGGCCUCAUGCCUACAACCAAAAGCGAACUCUUAGGAGGGUGGUGAGGGAGGCCAAUGACCUACUUUGGGGUUGUUCGUAGAGAUCCCAUCCUGCACAGGAGUGGUGUGGAAGAAAGCACAAAGGAAUUGAUUUGCUGCUUGUUCCAGCCCGUCAGUGAACCGUCCCUCGGGCCAGGAUGGGAAUGUGGGUUGGUGAGGUCAAAGUUGGUUGCCAUCACUUAAAUUAUGUACCUCAUCAGUGCAUAAUAACCCUGUAUUCAAUUGCUACGCCGUGGAGGCAGGGGAGAAAAGGAAGAACAUGGCUGUCUUAGCCAAACUGCAAUACAGGUCGUUCUAACAUCCUGCCUCUGCUGAGAAGUGCGCUGGCCUUUCUGAUGAACCGUGAGCAGUUGCUGUCGGACCGUCCAGGUGGAGCUGUUGACAGCCAAGCUCUGAGGAAGGAGUAGCUGCUAAUAGAUCAUUUCCUUCAGCUGAAGCGUGGUGGGCGUUCUGAGGGCUAUGAAAUUUACACUUCUCUUGCUUGGACUGAACUUUCCUGCUACUGUGAUGCUGCCGUAUAAUAGCUGGAUUCACAUCCAAGCAGAGCUUCAUUGUGGGCAAAUUAAUAAAAUCCACCACAUCUUAAUGACGGAGCUAGAAUCCAAGGCAUGACCCUCUCCCUGGGGCUGCUGUAGAAUCUCCACUCCUCUACCUGUAGGCUAAGAGCAGGGCUCACUAGAACCAUCUGCCGUUUUAGUUUACCUAACAUUUCAUAGAUUCUAGGACUGGAAGGGACCUCGAGAGGUCAUCGAGUCCAGUCCCCUGCCCUCAUGGCAGGACCAAAUACUGUCUAGACCAUCCCUGAUAGACAUUUAUCUAACCUACUCUUAAGUAUCUCCAGAGAUGGAGAUUCCACAACCUCCCUAUUUCUUUUCCCAGUGAUUCACCAUAAGCGGAGCGCCCAUCUACAGCGCAUGAAACCCUGACCCUAGAAGUAGUCGCUGCACCUUAACAGCGGCUCGCUGGUCGCACCGACUCCCUAAGUCAGAACAAAGUGUCUUCUCUCGUUCGGUGGGUGGGCUCAAGUGAUGGUUUGCACUGCUACAGUCUCUCUCUAUUGUCAAUAUGGCAAUGGACUGGGCAGGCUGGGAUUCAGCUCCUCUCAUUUCGCCGAGAAACUGCAGAACUGGAAUUAAUUUGCAAACUGGACACCAUCAAAUUAGGCCUGAAUAAAGACUGGGAAUGGAUGGG